AUGGCCGGUCCCAGCAAGUCUUUGAUCCUUGAUCCGGCCCUCCAGAAAUACUACGAACUCAACGCCAACCGCUACAAGUACUUCCGGUGGACGCCGCGCCAUGCCUGGUUCUCGUUCCUCUACAUGGCGCUGAUUCCUGGUGCAUUGGGCUAUGUCGCUUAUAAGACUGAUGGUCUGUACCAGCUGCGUGGAAAGCGCAGGGGCGAUACGAUUGUCGAGUGGUAG